CUGGUGCGAGGAUGACCUGGUUUCUAAUUGUCUCCUCUCAGCCUGAUCGUUAGCUACCCGUUUUAACAAAACCGAUCCAACAAGACAAUAAACUCGGUGGAAUUAAUAAUUUUUUGACAGGCAAUGUAUGAAUCUACAGACUAGUUGACGAUCUGAGCUCUUCUUGAAUAUCCUGAUGUCAAUGUAGUUAUUUUAACGGGCGCAAGAGCUGCUUUUGACAUCCAACGAGUCUCUGGCUAGAGAUAACAGGAGAAACUGGACCAUGGCCAGCCUGCAGCAGGAGUACCCCCUUGUUCUCUUGGGGAUUCUAGAGGAGCUGGCCGCUAUGCGCCACUGGCUCUCCUUCCAGGAUCUGUGUCGAAUGGUCAGCACCCGCUUUGACUUGCAGCACCUUAUGGAGCUCAGGAGCUUGCUUUUCUCUGCAGCCUGCCGUGACCCCUGUUUUCCAGCCACACUCUUCAGAGACAGGGUUUCCCCGAAGGGAUUGGGGACAUCCCCGAUAGGUGUGGCAGCUGACAUAGUCACCAUAUUUAACCUCAUUCAAAUGACGGGCGGGGCUCCCGAAGCCCAGCCUACCCAGCCAAUGAAAGCCCAGCACGCCCCCAACAUUAACCAAUCCCCGGGGCCCUCUUUGCAGGGCUCUUUGCCCGUCGAUGAUGAGGCGAUAUUCUCCAGACGGGAUAGGGUCCGCACACUCUCAGACUCUCAGACCAUCUCAGGUCCUAUCGACCAAAGUUUGCUUUGGCCCAAAUCAAAUUACUCAUUCCGCAAGCGCGCCAGUCUCCCUCCCGACCCCCUCUCUCUGGUCUCCUCAUCCCCACCGGGACGCGCCAGGGCCAUGUCCUUCGACUGGCAACACAACACCCCACUAUUCGCCGGAAGUGGUAGCAUCACAGGCCAGGCCAUGCAGAGCAUCUAUCUCCCUCUGGAGACAGACAGCGAGUCCUCCAAGGAUUCCCUGAGCGGAGACUCUGCGCCCAGGGAUCCAGGAUCCGAGCCGGGAUCCGAGCUGCAUUCUUGUAUGGAGAAGAGAGACAUCUUCAAGAAGGACUUCCACAACCAGUCGCAACUUGUUCCUCAGGUGACCGUCAGUACUGAGUCGCAGACUCCAAGAGGAGCAGGAGGAAGAGGGAGGCAGGACCUUUUUUCCAAUCGCAGCUUUGAACUCCUCUCCAACCCGUAUCCGUCCCCUACAGCUCCUCGGCCUUCACCAGAGCGCCGGGCCAAACAUGAAAGCCUAGACGACCUCCAAGACUCCACGUACUUUGGUCCAGGCAGUACUAUUCCUGAGUGGUCUCCCGUCCACCUCCAACCGCCCAGGGCACAAAAGCCAGGAUGUGCUGACAAGAGCCUCAGUCUGGAUGACAGGGUCGUGGCCUUGAAUGGCUCUGAAAGCUCACUUCAGAGGAAACCUACUCCCAGCCCCACCAACAGCACCGCCGUCGGGGUGGUGUCCCCUCUAAAAGGAUGGGAGAGGAACCCCGGUCCUGGACAUGGAGGAGCGGGCUUAAAGCCUUGCAGCACAGGCACACAGACAGACGCCAUCCCAGACCCACGACGCCUUCGGAGCCUGGUGCAUGCCGACCGCCUGUCCUUCAUGACCUCGAUGGACGACCCUGACACGAUGGGUGAGGACGACAUCAGCGCCAUCUUCCGCUUUCUGGAUGACAUGAGCAUGUGCGGUUCCACAGGGGUCCUCCAUCCCCAAGACGGGGGCCCCUUGGCGGGCCAAGACACCCCGGAGGCUCGGCGCGGUCGCCUGGGCCAGCUCCAGAGGCUGUUCCACUCGUUGGACGGCAGUGAUGACGGCGGCCUCAAGGCCAGUGUGUGCAAGCUGCUGCUGAGGAUGGGCCAGAUCGAGCGGCGCCUGGAGUCUCUGUCCGAGGUCAAGGCUGAAAUCUCCCAGGUGCUGUCCUUCCUCCAGCGGCUGGACGAGAAGAUGCAGCAGCAGGUUGUGGCAGCGGGUGGAGGGGGUGGAGGUAGAGGGGGCGGGAGGUGGCUGGGGCCAUCCAGCGGGGGUGGGUCCUCCCUGGGUAGCCUUAGCCAUCCACUCACUCCUGGGUCUGCCGGUUCCUCCGAGCCCCAGCCUCUGUCUGUAUCUGGGCAUUCAUUUGGCAGCCUGGAUUGGAACCGAUGGGGCAGUAGCCAAGGGAAACUGGAGGCCAACGAAGGUCUAAGUGAGACGAAAGAGGGUAAGAAGGGCUUUCUCGGUCGGCGGGCCUCCAACAAGCCUGAAGAUAAGAGUGGUGUCGACUCCAAGCGACCAAGUGUUGUCUCCAACCUGUCUGCCCGGGAUUGGACGGUGUCAUUCUCGAGGAGUAAAGAUGGCAAGGAACAACCCAGUGAUACAGGAAAGACGGAGGCCUCAAACAACUCUGCCCAGAGUCACAACCUCCUCCCUCAGAAACAGUCCACCUUGGUGAAGCAGGUGUUCAGUUCCUCUCUCUUCUGUCAGAAGGGCAGCGGGUUGACCAACCCUGCGUUGUCGUCCAGGCUGCCCUCUGAGGGGAGAGGAGGGGCCCCGGUCUGGACUGUGGAGGAGAGAGAGGCCAGGAUAUCCCCUCUGGACCUUCAGGCCCAGGAAUCUAUGAACCCCAACAACCUGGACUUCUGGAUGGAGGACAUCUACACACCAGGUUACAACACACUGCUGAGGCGCAAAGAAGCCGGCCAACGAAGGGCCAAAGCCUGCAAACUGGGGGCGCUCAUCUUCACCGCUGUCACCAUCAUCCUUGUCAUUGUCAUCCCCAUCGCUGCCAUGAGCUCCUGAACGUCUGAUUAGUUGGCGGACAGGAAACCGUGAUACAAAUACCCACUUGAUUGGUUUUGGUGAUGACAGGAUGGUGGGAUUCUGAAAGCAGAGGGUUUUUUUUCUUCACUUAUAACGGUAUGUGGGAAUAGUAUGCUCUAUGUUUGCCAUGCUCGUGCACUACUAUUUUUAGGAGGGAAUAUUAAAGAGAGAUAAAGCUAAACUAAUCCCAACUCUCUGUGAAUCCUCCAUGUCAUUCCGGUACGUUAUGGCCCCGAGAGCAAUUAUGGCCUUAUCCUUCUGCAGAAAAAAAACGACCAGGUUAAUUUAUAUUUAUAGCACUACUUAAAAAAAAAAAACAGUCAAAAAAGGUUGAUAUGUAAUCUGUCUUUGACUUAGUUUGAAUGUUCCUAUCAUCCAAGCAACAUGGUG